GCAGCUGCAGAGCAUGAAAGGAUGUCCGGCGUGCUGCCGCCCGAGCCGCCGCCGGCGUGCGGGUGCCUCGCAGAUGCUUCGCGCUUGGUGCGCAGGCGUGGUCUGGCGCCUGCGAUGCUGCUGCUGCCUCGGUCUGUCUGCAGCUGAGCAGAUGGCUUGAGCAGGAUGCAGCCCUGCAGAUGCAGACGAGUCGCCGCAGCCGUAGCCGCAGCACGCUACGACGGCCUGCACUCCCGCGGCGAGGAGCUUGCCUCGUUGCCUCUCGCCGUCGCGCCUAUUCGGCUGCCAGAUGCUGCGCCUCCGCGCUGCAUGCUGCACACCCCCGGUGGCCCCAUUGGCCCGCCCCUGCGUGGGUGUUCUACAAGGCACGCUGGCGGAUGCUUGGCGCUGCAACGGACUAUUUGCGGCAGGGCUCUCAGCGACCGACGUGCGCGGGAAGAUGUGCGAGAGGGGAGCGUCUGAACGGCGGAUGGCGGUGCGGAUGCUUAUGGCAUGCUCCCUCGGUGAACACGGGCCGGAGGUUGAGGCUGCCGG